CCCUGCUCCGCGGAGGCUUCUGGUCCUCCCCAUUGACACACAUCCCAUCUUACCACUCGGCGGGCAGCUAGGACUGGAAGGAAACUACAACCCCCAGCAUGCCGCGCGCGGGGCGCAAUGCGUCGUUGCAAUGUCUUGCGCGGCUCGCUGGGAGUCGUAGUUCGCGCGUGCGCCUUUGCCUGGACUCCUCUUCCCAGAAGUCCCCGGGCGUCGUCCUCCUCGUCCUCCAGGCUGCCCGCGUUCGGCUGGAGUCCGCUCGCGGCCGUCGCCAUGCUACCCGUCGCAGUCCUCCGCCGCCCCGGCCUGCGUUCCCUCGUACGCCAGGCCCGCUCUUACGCCGAGGCCGCCGCUGCUCCGGCCCCGGCUGCGGGCCCGGGACAGAUGUCCUUCACCUUCGCCUCACCCACGCAGGUGUUUUUCAACGGUGCCAACGUCCGACAAGUGGAUGUGCCCACGCAGACAGGAGCCUUUGGCAUCCUUGCGGCCCACGUGCCCACCCUGCAGGUCCUGCGGCCAGGGCUGGUUGUUGUCCAUGCUGAGGAUGGCACCACCUCCAAAUACUUCGUGAGCAGUGGUUCCGUCACCGUGAAUGCUGAUUCCUCAGUCCAGUUGCUGGCCGAAGAGGCCGUGACGCUGGACAUGCUGGAUGUGGGGGCAGCCAAGGUGAACUUGGAGAAGGCGCAGUCGGAGCUGUCAGGGGCAGCAGAUGAGGCCUCCAGGGCUGAGAUCCAAAUCCGCAUCGAGGCCAACGAGGCCCUGGUGAAAGCUCUUGAGUAGGCGGUGCGUGGCCCUUGCCAGCAGGGAAACCGAGGCCCAGAACUGGGCAGAGGAUGUCCUGGGCAGGCUGAACCAGCUCACGCGGGUCCAGUCUGACGGUGGGGGGGGGGGGGGGGGGGAGGAAGGUCAGCAAGCCGCCUAAAGGGGUUCGUUCUCCUGUGGAGGAAGCGGUCUUGCCAGAGAAGGCCGCCAGGGGGCAGCACGGUUCUAGUUUUCUGCCAAGAGAGCUAACCCGUCAAACCCAGGAAACAGGCUCCUUGCCAGGGCUGGCAGGCCUGGUGGCUGGGGGUGAGCCCAGAGACCUGCUCUGCUUUUUGAGGGGGGGCUGUGUGUACCCCCCCACCAUGGGCUCUCUUCCCACCUUCCAGCCCCCUCCCUCCCAGCCUGAUGUGCCACCCGCCAUCCCUCUGACUCUGUAGACCCUGCCGUGGAGACUUCAGCUCCCAGUCACCUCUGUGGGACAGCCUGCCCCCGGCUUGAGCCCCCCAUUAAAAACCAGGGACCUGA